CCUCUCAGGGGCGGGGCGGUUUCCUGCCAAUCACUGUUUGCUCGCCCUCCCCCUGGUGUUGGCCUCGCUGCCUCGGGGUGGGGGAGGUCGAGAAGGGGGCGAUAAAAUGGCGCAGGGGGCGGAGUGAGGUGCAGCCGUUCGCCCAGGCUUUGGCCCGGCUUCCGGAGGAAGGUGGGAGUCAAUCACUUUGACAAGUCUUCUGAAAGGAACAGCCAGCAGGAGUUGAAACCUUUUUCCAUUUGGUCUCGUGGCAAAGGCAGAGAUUGCUUCAGCAGCUCCGCACAAUAUGACGUGCUCACUGUUGCCCUCUGAACAGUCUUCUGGUAGCUCUUUUUUGCCUAAAGACAAUGCCCCAUUUUCUUGGGGUUCCUCAGAUGAAGAUGAAUUGGAUGACUCCUUGUUGGAGUUUUCUGAUGGAGAAGAAGAUGAUGGCCAUUUCAGUUUCACAGAGGAAGAGAUUGAGAUGCUCUUGAAGGAUGAUGAUGGUGGGCAUGAUGAGUAUGGAGAGAGAAAGUGUCAAAUUCUGCCUGGUACUCCUCACAAAAAUUCUUUGUACAGCUUGGGACCAGCAGCUGAGACCCCUGGCUUCUUCAAACUACCUCAACUAAGUACAUCAGUUAGUCAUGGACCAACUCCUAGUAAAUCGUUAAACAGACACUUUGUACUUGAAAAGAAUCUUAUAAAAGUAACUGUUGUUGCACCAUUUAAUCCAACAGUUUGUGAUCCUGUGCUUGAUAAGGACAAGAUCGAUUCCUCCAAAGAUACAGAAAAUCCUGCUUCCCUUGGGGAACAAAUAAGAGAAAAUGAUCUUCAUCCUAAUGAGAGUAAACGUUGCACUGAACCUGAAGGGGUCAAUCCCAGUAACUCUGCUUGGGAUGAGCCCCUGCUUUCUUCUCCUUCAAAAAAUAACAUCGAACAAACUGCCUCUGAUAAAAAUAUACCUGAAAGUAAGAAACCUAACCCUGUGUUCUCUCAGAUUUCCAACCAUUCAGAAGUACCUAAUAGGGGAUCAUCCUGGAAAAAUAGUGGAUCACAUAAAUCAGGUUGUGAAGUGAGAAUUCCAGUUGUGUCCAGUUCAUCAAACAGACAUACUUUCGACAAGGAUUCUGGUGAGGUGAAAGGUGAGAGGAGACUAGGCAAAGUGAUUCCUGUUCUACAAACCAGAACCAGGUACCUUGGGAGAGCUGGAUGCCCUGAUGGAUCAAGUUCAUAUGCAGAACCCAGACUGGCAGCAUCCUUCAGAUCUUACUACACGAAAUUAUGCCCGGUUCCGACAGAAACCUCUACAAAGAUACAGUCUGAGUCAGUGGGUCGACAGAAACAAGCGGAGUCACCAUCGUUUCCAGCGUCUCCCAGACUUCUCCUACAGUCCAUAUGUUUCAUCUCAUCCACAGUGACAGUCCCUUCCCAGGGUUCAGUCCAUAGCAGCAUCUUAAUUUUCCUCUGCUAUUUUUGUUUGUAUAUUUUGAGUUUUAUUUUUCACAAGAUUUUUUUAUUUAAAGAAUUUGUCACCUUUUGGAAAUGCCCAUUACUGUCUUGAGUUUUUUUUAUGAGGAUCCUCCUGAUUUGUGUGUCUGUCUAUACAUGUUUCAGCAAUAUUAAGUAGUAUUUUUCCCU